AUGUCUGUUUCAGAGGACCCCUCAACGUCUGUUUCAGAGAACCCCUCAAUGUCUGUUUCAGAGGACCCCCCUCAACGUCUGUUUCAGAGAACCCCUCAACGUCUGUUUCAGAGAACCCCUCAAUGUCUGUUUCAGAGGACCCCCCUCAACGUCUGUUUCAGAGAACCCCUCAACGUCUGUUUCAGAGAACCCCUCAAUGUCUGUUUCAGAGGACCCCCCUCAAUGUCUGUUUCAGAGGGACCCCUCAAUGUCUGUUUCAGAGGACCCCCCUCAACAUCUGUUUCAGAGGGACCCCCUCAAUGUCUGUUUCAGAGGGACCCCCCUCAAUGUCUGUUUCAGAGGGACCCCCCUCAAUGUCUGUUUCAGAGGGACCCCUCAAUGUCUGUUUCAGAGGGACCCCUCAAUGUCUGUUUCAGAGGGACCCCCCCCCCCAAUGUCUGUUUCAGAGGGACCCCUCAAUGUCUGUUUCAGAGGGACCCCUCAAUGUCUGUUUCAGAGGACCCCCCUCAACAUCUGUUUCAGAGGACCCCCCUCAACGUCUGUUUCAGAGGGACCCCUCAAUGUUUGUUUCAGAGGACCCCCCUCAACGUCUGUUUCAGAGGACCCCCCUCAACGUCUGUUUCAGAGGACCCCCCUCAACGUCUAUUUCAGAGAACCCCUCAAUGUCUGUUUCAGAGGGACCCCUCAACAUCUGGUUCAGAGGACCCCCCUCAACAUCUGUUUCAGAGGGACCCCCCUCAAUGUCUGUUUCAUAGGACCCCCCUCAAUGUCUGCUUCAGAGGACCCCCCUCAAUGUCUGUUUCAGAGGGACCCCUCAACAUCUGUUUCAGAGGACCCCCCUCAAUGUGUUUCAGAAGACCCCCCUCAACAUCUGUUUCAGAGGACCCCCCUCAAUGUCUGUUUCAGAGGACCCCCUCAACGUCUGUUUCAGAGGACCCCCCUCAACGUCUGUUUCAGAGGACCCCCCUCAACAUCUGUUUCAGAGGACCCCCCUCAACAUCUGUUUCAGAGGACCCCCUCAACAUCUGUUUCAGAGGGACCCCCUCAACGUCUGUUUCAGAGGGACCCCCCUCAACGUCUGUUUCAGAGGGACCCCCCUCAAUGUCUGUUUCAGAGGACCCCCUCAAUGUCUGUUUCAGAGGACCCCCCUCAAUGUCUGUUUCAGAGGACCCCCCUCAAUGUCUGUUUCAGAGGGACCCCACAACGUCUGUUUCAGAGGGACCCCCCCAAUGUCUGUUUCAGAGGGACCCCUCAACAUCUGUUUCAGAGGACCCCCCUCAAUGUCUGUUUCAGAGGGCCCCCCUCAAUGUCUGUUUCAGAGGACCCCCCUCAAUGUCUGUUUCAGAGGACCCCCCUCAACAUCUGUUUCAGAGGGACCCUCUCAACGUCUGUUUCAGAGGGACCCCUCAAUGUCUGUUUCAGAGGACCCCCCUCAACAUCUGUUUCAGAGGGACCCCUCAAUGUCUGUUUCAGAGGGACCCCCCCAAUGUCUGUUUCAGAGGGACCCCUCAAUGUCUGUUUCAGAGGGACCCCCCUCAACAGGACCCCCCUCAAUGUCUGUUUCAGAGGACCCCUCAAUGUCUGUUUCAGAGAACCCCCCCAACAUCUGUUUCAGAGGACCCCUUACUGCACAGCAACAUGGAGGAUGAGCUAGAUGGGGAGUCUGGGUCAAAGUGCCCAAAGCAUGACACUGUUGAAACCAAAAUUGGAAUAGAGAAGUGUGUCUUUGCCAAGGACCAUUCUCACCUCUUUAAGGUGGCAGGGACUGAAGUGCAAACGUGA